AAAUGCUUAAAAAUAAAAGAUAUCUUACACUUUUAAAACGAAAAUCUCCAAUUAAAGUAUUCGCCACCUGUCGGUAGAAAUCGAAAACAAUGGUAAUCAUGGCAACGGUGGAUGCGAAAAGCGCGGUUUGAGUUUUUCUUAUUUAUUGAUUCUCUGUAGCUAAAAAAUCGACUUUAUUUUUACAAAUAUUCGAGUUUAAGCGAUCGUGAAAACGUGAGUUUGUUAUUCAAGCUUGGUACGUCGGAAUGAGCGAAGAAGAACAGGCCCCUGCUGAAGUAACGCAAGAGGAAGAAGCUGCACCUCCUGCCCAAGAGAAUGUAGAGGAUACAGAAGCUGCCCCUAAAACAACUACUGAACAAAAGGAAGAAGAAACUGUGGCAGCAUCAACAGAUGAAAACAAAACAUCUGAAACUGCACCUGCAGGAGAUACUGAAGUUAAAGAAGGAGUGGAGGUUAAGGAGACGGAACAGCCAAAGACACCUGAAAAUGGUGAAGACAAAUCAGCUGUUGUAGCAGAUGAAGUUAAAGAUGCAUCAGAGGAAGUAACUGCUGCAGAUGGACCAGAAGUCCCAACGGAGGCUGAACAACCUCCAUUGCAAACCAGUGAAGGUUUCACAGAUGGGGAAGCCCCAGAAGAGCCCCCUGUAGUGGGUGAGGUACUUUCUCGUGGGGCUACCCCACCCCUUAUAGUUGAACCUGAUGGUUUAAACGGUGAAGAAAUGCCACAGCCAGGAACUCCUGAAAAAUAUGGCAGUGAAGGAGGGGAAAUGGAGCUUCUUCUUGAAGAAGAUGAACAAAUUCUGAUGCCACAAUAUAACAGGGAAGAACUGCUACAAAAGUACCAAGCUGCUCUGAAUGAAAGAGAAAUGCUAAACCAACAGAACCACCAACUCCAACAUAAACUUGCAGAGUAUUUUCGAAAAAAGAAAACUGAGGAAACGCGACAAGAAGUAGAUAAAAAUGUCACCGAUCAAGAACAGAGAUACAUGAAAUACAUGAGCAACCUUGAAGAGCUAAGACAGCAACAAACUGCUGAACAAGAGGCUUACAAUGAACAGUUGGAAGAAUUAAAAGCCAGAAAAGCAGAAAAACAUGGAAAAGUAGAAGAAGAAUGGAACAAAGCCAUUGAAUUCAAAAGAUCUGUUGCUUCAAUUGCAAUUAAUAGCAGAUCAGGAAGACCAAUACAACAGAAGGAUAUUGAAAUGUAUGAAGCCAAUGAGAGAAAGAAGGAAGUCGAAGUCUCUCAAGUUCGCCUUGAAAAUAUUAAGUUGAAAAACAGACUUAGAAAACAAGAAAUGCAACUUAAACAAAAGGAAGAACUUGCUGAAGGUUUACAUCUGAUCGAUUUUGAACAGUUAAAAAUUGAAAAUCAGACUUACAAUGAAAAGAUUGAAGAAAGAAAUGAGGAAUUGCUAAAACUUCGCAAAAAGAUUACAAGCACUGUGCAAGUUCUGACUCAUUUAAAGGAGAAGUUACAAUUCGUGCAAGCUGAGAACCAAGUCAGAAAAUCGCAACUUGCAGAAGUAGAACAAGACGUUGCCCAAAAACGAGAUAUUCUGUCACGAACGAAGCAAGCACGUGACGGACUACGUCACGACAAUGGGAAGUUACAACAAAAGUCGGGUUUGCUGGGAAACACUGAUCUUCUCAGAGAUUUUGAAGUUGGUAGUGACCAGGCACAAGAACUCGGCUUCCAACUAGAACAACUAAAGCGCCAACAUGCCGAACUUACCCUCAGUUUAAACGGAGUGAAAAAGAAAAUCGAACUAUCCAAAGAAAAUCAAACGUGAUCUAUAGUGACGUCACUUCUUUACUGUUCCGUAUUGAAUACAGAAAGAUUUAUUUCAAAUUAUUAACUUUUUUAAAUAUAUUUUGUUGGUUGCAUUUUGUUGGACCGCGAGAAUACUGGUGUCAAUAAUUACUGUAACAUUUUUUCGACUAAUAUCGUUAAACAGAUACCGGUAAAGGAAGAUUAAAAAGAAACGUUUCUCUUA